AUGUUUCCCGUGACGCCGCCCAACACGGGAAUAUCGCUAUGGGACUAUAUCGUCAUCCGCGCAUCUAUAUUUCUCUUACACCUCAUCGCACCACUUAGCAUCGCUUAUUCACUGGUCAGUCUGCUAGCCCGUCUUCUAUUUCAGUUCCCGCGAGCGUGGCUCGUUCUUGAGGCGCUCUUCUAUCUGGCUGUCUACCUACCACUUAAAGCAUACCUCUAA